GUAUAGGGUGCAGGAGCCGGUACGUGACGGGGAAGACGCCAGCACAGUCGUCGGCGGGUCGUUGUCUCAGCUCCUCAGCUCCUCUCAGCUCUCGUCAUGGCCUUAAAUAAGCUCAGCAUCGACAAGCUGGACCUGGCGGACAAGAGGGUGUUAAUGAGAGUGGAUUUCAACGUGCCCCAGAAGGAUGGUAAAAUCACCAAUAAUCAGCGUAUUGUUGCUGCCUUGGAUAGCAUCAAAUAUGCCCUCGACCAGAAGGCCAAGAGUGUUGUCCUGUGCUCCCACUUGGGCCGGCCUGAUGGAAAUAAAAACCUGAAGUUCACACUGUCACCAGUGGCUGAUGAACUCAAGACACUACUGGGCCGUGACGUAACAUUCCUCUCAGAUUGUGUUGGUUCCGAGGUGGAGGCCGCAUGUGCCGAUCCUGCUCCCGGGUCUGUGAUUCUCCUUGAAAACUUAAGGUUCCAUAUUGAGGAGGAAGGAAAGGGUGUUAAUUCAUCUGGAGCAAAGGUCAAAGCUGAGCCUGCAAAGGUUGCAGAGUUUCGAGCAUCCCUGCGUAAACUUGGAGAUGUGUACGUCAAUGAUGCUUUUGGUACCGCCCAUCGUGCUCACUCUUCUAUGGUUGGUGAAGGAUUUGAAGAGCGAGCAUCAGGUUUCUUGCUAAAGAAAGAACUAACUUACUUUGCCAAGGCCUUGGAAAAUCCAGAAAGACCAUUUUUGGCUAUUUUGGGAGGAGCAAAGGUUAAGGACAAGAUUCAGUUGAUUGAGAACAUGUUGGACCGUGUGGAUGAGAUGAUGAUUGUGGGAGGCAUGGCUUUCACAUUCCUCAAGAUUUCAAAGAACAUGGAGAUUGGUGAUUCUCUGUAUGAUGAUGAAGGUGCUAAAAUUGUGGAGAAGCUCCUGGCCAAAGCCCAGCAGAAGAAUGUGAAGAUGCACUUCCCUGUGGAUUUCGUUACUGCUGACAAAUUUGAUGAAAAUGCCAAUACUGGCAGUGCAACAGCCGAGGGUGGUAUUCCUGCAGGCUGGAUGGGUCUAGACUGUGGACCAGUGUCUACUGAAAGCUUCAGAGAACCAAUUGCCAGGGCCAAGAUUAUUGUCUGGAAUGGACCAUGUGGCGUGUUUGAAUUUGCUAAAUUUGCAAAUGGAACCAAGAGCGUUAUGGAUAUGGUGGUAGAAGCUACGAAAGCUGGUUGUGUUUCCAUUAUUGGAGGAGGAGACACCGCAACUUGCUGUGCUCAGUGGGGCACCGAGGAUAAAGUUUCCCAUGUAUCAACUGGAGGUGGUGCCUCUCUUGAACUUCUUGAAGGGAAAACACUUCCAGGUGUUGCUGCUCUUUCAGAUGCUUAAAUAAUACCAAUAAUGUGAAAAGAUAGAUACUGAGUGAUGUCUUGAAACCAGUGAAUUGUAAAAUAUGUUGCAGAUGAGCAUUUAAUACUCUUAAGACAAUCUGAACAUCUUUUUUCAUCGAUAAAAACUACAAGUAGGAAAGAUACUGAUCUAAUUGCAUUUCAUUAGGUGUGUGGGAGAUAUUUUGGCAUCAUCGGUAAUGUAACUUAGCGUGUGAAUGACGAGGUUGACUUGGAUGUGAUUUCUAGUCGUAAAAUAAAUUAAAAGUUGACCAAUUAAUCUAUAAUCAUAUUUUGAUUUUAUCUGAAAACCUGUAUGUUUUUUCCCAGUCUAUUUAAAAUUGGUUUAAAUUGUGAAAAUUUAAUAAAUUUGUAGUUACCAGAUGUUAUGACAUGAACAUGUGACAUUAUGAAUAUUUCCUUUUUUCAUUAUAGCAGGAAAAGAACAAUUAUACAAAAUAUGCUAAUAAAAGACUUAAUUAAA